CGAUUACUCGCUACAGUUGUCUAGGAUUGAACGAGAACAGAUAAAGCAUGUUUGCCGGUUUGACUCCGUUAUAAGUGCUUCACAUGGAGUAACCUGGUAGAUCACCUACGCGCUGGUGCUGGGAUUUUAUCGCUCUUUAAAUCCAUUCACUACUUGUCUUAUGCAUGAUGAAUGUCGAAGAUUGUUUAGUAUACGGAUUGGACAAGUACAACAUGCCCACAAAAUUGGUAACAUUUGGUCAACAAGGCCGUUUUGAGGACGACAAACUCGUUGAAAAAUACUGCAAAAUAGUUGUAAAGGACAGCUUCAUGGAUUUCAAUAUCUAUAUGUCAACACUGUACGGCUGGGUUCCAAGGUCAAUGAAACCCAAACGACAUGAGGGAAUCACGUACGAACACGAAAACUACGUUAACAGAGGACACACGGCAGGUUUACCACCUAAAACACUAGAAACAGGUGAUAUUAUACAGAUGACGUCACUAAAAAGUGGUAGAUACUUGAGGGUACACAACAGAACAGGAAGGAUUGAUGGGAACGGUGCGUCUGGAGACCAGGCAAAAUUCAUUGUACAAAAAGUGGGCGAUUACGGUGACAAUAUUAUUACACUACGUUGCUAUGUCAACCCAGUUAAUUAUCUAUCGCUGAGAAAUGGUAAUCUAUAUGCAAAUGGCCGCGGCGACAUCACGUGUCGAUUUCGCUUCCAUCUCAUUGGAACAGAGCACAUGUCAUUUGAGUGUGUACAUAAUCCUUGUCGGUUCAUCAGCGUAACGGAAACUGGGGCAGUGAAGCCAAUAACAAGAUCUACAGCCAAAAAAUCAACAAAUGGACACUUUGCAAUUAAAAUAACCGGACAAAAUGAUUCGCUCUACGCCCAUUGACACCUCAUCAGCCAUACUGGAUAUGAAAGGAUUUACGCGAUGAUAAAAAAAAAUGACAGCCAAGUGAGAACGAAAGCUGCUAAGCAAGUCGACGUUGGGGGCGUUGUUUACUGUGCAUAUCAAUUCGGCAAAUCCACCGUGAAUACAAGCAUCAUUGUUUAAUGAAAAGAAGACUUUUUUCCCUUCAAUGAAAUGCAAUCGAUCACUGAACAGAAUAUAUUAUUGGGAAAUGAGAUAUUUACAUGUAAAUCACACAUCUACAUCUAUUUACUUAGAGAACGUUCGUCGGCGCACGCGUGUGGAGCUUACUCCAUGGUUACUUCCAGAACUUAAGCCGUAAUGUUUAUGAACGUUCGCAAAGAAUGUUCUGAAGUGUGAAGAGUAAUAUUUUUAUGAGUAAUAUUUUAUUUUAACAAUAGCGAUAACGUGUUCUAUUUACAUACUAUGAUGCUAGUAAGUUAAACAGAAUUCAUGUCCACGGGAAUAAAUCGUGUUUUGUAUACACUAUGACGUAAAAGAAUUAUUGAUUACGUCAUAUUCCAAGGUGAUCAAGUGAAGACAAUUAUAUAUGUAUAAGUCCGAUCAAGUUAUGUGUUAUGAUGCAGACCAGUCUGUCAGCAUACGGUAGAACAACUUAGCUUGACUGUUCGUGGUAAUAAACUAAGGGGUUCCCA